AAGAGCAGUUCGCGAGCGGCGUGGGGGGCGUGCGCACGAGUGACGAUGCUGCGGGUGACGACAUCGCAGACUCCGCGCGCCGGAUCGGCUCGGUAGCUUCUCCGGUACCAACUAACGGCAGCUGCUCUAUCGAGAGCGAGGAGCCACUCGAACCCGUGCUUGCCCUGCACUGCGGCUUAGCGAAUCCGCCGGCUACGCGAUGCUGUGCCUCGGCGGCAGGGUGUGCGGCGUAGCCCGUGUCCUCUCCCUGCUCCUUCUGGGCUUUGCAGCCGCCUCCUCUGAUCUGUUUGACACGCAGGAAGGCGACAUCAAUUACUGCAAAAAGCAAUGCCAGAUCGCCGUCAAAAACAAAAGCAGCGCUAAAGAUGCCGUACUAAACGCCUGUCACCGGGGCUGCCUGCUCUUCUCCAUCUGCCAAUUUGUCAACGGCAAUGCUGGCUUCAACACCAGCAGAGAGGAGUGCCAAGGAGCUUGCCAGGAGGCGUACAGCAGGCAAGCCGAGCAGGAUGCGUGUAUCAAGGGCUGUGGAAGCCAACCCUCUGAGGCAGAGAGCAGGAGGAGGAAGCUGAAAGCCCUGGCACAUCACUCCCGGCCCUCCUCAGUCAUGGACACCUUUUCCAGCUGGUGCAGUGACAUCAUCAGCUCAGCCCAAAGCUUUAUCUCCUCCACCUGGACCUUCUACCUCCAGGCAGAUGAUGGCAAGGUGGUAGUGUUCCAGAGCCAGCCUGAGACGGAGUACACUUUCCCUGAGCUGCAAGCCCCCCGAUCUGAUGUGGCAGACAAGUCUUGGCCCCCAGCCAAUUCUCACACCCAAAGACCCCAUACAGGUGCGAGACAGCAUGGGGCCAAAGGUGUGUCCAAAGCUGAAAGCAAACUGAAGCACUCGGGUCAACAUGACAGUCCUCCCGCUGAGCAUGACUUCCUGGGCUGCAUGUCACGGCGCUCUGGUUUGCCCCGCUGGAUACUGGCUGCCUGUCUCUUCCUGUCCGUCAUGGUCAUGUUAUGGCUGAGCUGCGCUAGUCUGGUUACCGCACCCGACCAGCACGUCAAAACUCAGCUGAGCAUCAAUGGAGAUAAGGAGUUCCUGGAGGAUGCCCAUAAAGUCACACCUUACCAUGUCAGUCCCAUGAUUGCUGUGGCCGUGAGCCCACCAGACAGCAGCGAGGAGACCGGACCCCUGCCGGUCAAGGUGGACUUGAGCAAGACCAUCCUCUGAGAAGCCAGUGGGCUCAGCCCUGGGGUGGCCUGGGUUGGUAGUUUUUCAAGCUUUUUCACUCCUUGUUUUAUAGCCAGGGAGACCAGAAAAGUGAGUAAUUUAAAAAAAAGAAAAAAAGUGCAUGGCCACAUUCAACCAGCUCAGUUUACGGUUUCAUCCUGAUUGACAGCUUCUCUCCAGGGUGCCAAUUUGAAGUGCAUUUGAAAUAUUAAAGAUCACACAGAAGCACGAUUAUUGAGAUGAUAUUUAAAAAAACAAACCAUGAUACAUAUUUCUUUUUUCGAAAAUUGAUUCAGCCAGAAGGCGGAAUUGUUUGAUGGGCAGCGUACAAUACGAAACUGGGAUUUAAAGUGUAAAGAAUAGUGAACGAUAUUUGCCUCUGCACUCGGUGAAUGAUUUUGAAAGAGAAAACAGCUGACCUACUAAUUCAGUUUGAGAGUUAAAGUGGGUGUUUGCGAUAUAUACUUUCUGCUGACUGAUUUUUAGUGGAAGCCAGCUGAGGUUAAAGCACUCAGUCACAUUAAAUUCUCCCUUAAAUUUAGCUGACACUUUUCUCCGAAGCAACUUACAAUGUUAAGGUUAUAAUUAUUUACUCAUUUUUAGAGCUGGGGAAUUUUUUACU